AUGGCUUACUACGUUCAAUCUCCCUUCACUCCCUGGGCCCAAUACAGCACUAGCAACUCGGCCCACCUUUCACCCUUCCAUACCUCCUUCACCUCGUUCGACUCCCAGCCCCAGCCAUCCACAGUCCUCGCAACAUCCCCACUCUCCUCCUUCCCUACAAGUUCCUCGAUAUCCUCCCUCAACUCUCUUUCAUCCACCGUAGGAAAUUAUGAUCCCUCCCAAGAAGAACUUGAUCACUUCGAUUCUCCCAAGGACCCUCAAGGUCUCUCUGCCCCGACGGCUUUCCAAUCCAGUUAUCAGUCCAGCUUCACCAUCACUGCCUUCCGCUCGCCCGAAAGUAGGCGGAUCAUCCAACGUCGUCCCGGUUUCUCCGUUUCCGCGGGCUCGAAAGAACUCGUCAUCCUGGCUACUCGAAAUGAGCGUCAGAAACGCAUCAACGAGCUCACGAGGCAGGUGCUCUUCUCCUCCGCCAAUCCUAGACAACAACAUUCCGCGUACAAACAACAAACCCAAUAUACAACUCAACCUCCCAUCCAUUCCAAUGCCAACACCAAUCUCAGCCCUCCUCGUGGACGUCUUGUUCGUGGUGGUGCGCGGCCGGUGUCGUCGGAAUCGCACAACCGGGUCACGAUGUCUCCAAUGUCGUAUUCCCCCGCAUCCACUCCAGGCCUGCGUCUCGUGAACCAUGGCGUCAGACAGGAGCGUUCACGCCGAGUUGAAGAGUUUGAGCCUCAGGAGGAAUUGGAGGAGCUGGACAUAGUGGACAUUGGAAGUGCCACGGACGUAUCGACAUCGGUGUCGUACGAUAUAAGGAGGUCGACUGGCGUAGGAGGGUUAGGUCUGGGCGUGGGAUUGAGCCCUAUCGGGCCAAGAGUAGAGGUCGACAGGAAUAGCUGGCAGCCACAUCGCCCGGCUUCGCUCGAUGGAUCAGACGACAUCGAUGAAGUCUUCACGCCGACUGUCAUUUACUCAACGUCGCGCCAACGGCCCUCUUCGAAGGUUUACUCCAACGAAGACUACCCAUCCUUUGCGCCCAACGUUCGCCGCAAGCACGCUAACGUGGACGAGGACAAAGAAAACGGUCUCGAGACGGCGUCUAUGUCGUCUUCGUCUUCGUCCACGUCACUCUCCUCCCUUCGUCGUCUCGCGAUCGGAUCGACCCUCGUCAAGGGUGUCGUUCAUCGCCUUAGCCAACAAUUUUCGUCUCCCAAAUCUCCUUCGAAGUCACCGUCGACCGCGGUCUUCACGCCUGCCCCUUCCCUCACCUCAAAGUUCUCAUCCAGGGCGAACUCCAAGCCUACAAGCAGGAGUAAGGGCAGGGGCGGGCGUAAGUCCAAAUCCAUACCGAAAUUUGAGGUCGACACUACUGCGACUAGUGCUCCCCGGCGAAGGUCAUAUACCUCAGAGCCCUUCGGACCCGGGUCUUUUGGAAUUGGAAGUGAUUGCGAGAAUGUGAUGGCUGGUCGCGGCGGUUACGUGGCGAAGAAUCCGGAGAUUGAGCAUUGGCCGUCCGAGUCGGUGUCGAGGGCUUUCGGCAGGAGAAUUUUGUGA